AACUCACUUCCAAACCUGGCUGAGGGAAACAAGUUGCCGUCGUAGCGGAGGCUACGGCGCUCGCGCACCUCCCCGCAGCCUCCUCGGAUGCUUCGCUUCGCUCGGGGAGGAGGGCUGCUGCCGGGGGGAGCGCUCCCGCUCCGGAUUUGGCUGUUUCUGUGAAAGCGUCGGCUGGAAGGGACCGGGCGGGAAGACAAUGAGGGAAAGCCGGCCGGCCGAGCUCCCCGCUCCCCGGCAUUCUGCCGAGGACUGACGGCGUUCGGCGCUCAGCGUUGAGGCGGCGGCAGCGCCCGGCGCGGGGGCUUCCCGGGACCGACGGUUCCCUUCGGCCGCUGACCGGGGGGAGCCCGCCCGCGGAGCCACCAUGAAUUCGGUGGCCGGGAAUAAGGACAGGGUCGCGGUCACGGCGCGGAGCAGAAAAUACGGGGUGACCGAGCCCUGCUCGCCCACCAAGCCCGCCGCGCCCUUCUCCCCCGAGAGCUGGUACCGCAAGGCUUACGAGGAGUCCCGCGCCGGGAGUCGCCCGGUCCCGGAGGGAGCCGGCUCGGCGCUCGGCUCCUCCGGCACCCCGUCCCCCGGCUCCGGCACCUCCUCGCCCGGCUCCUUCACGGGCUCCCCGGGGCCCGCCUCGCCCGGCAUCGGUACCAGCUCCCCCGGCUCUCUGGGCGGCUCGCCGGGCUUCGGCACCGGCUCGCCGGGCUCCGGUAGCGGCGGCGGCUCCUCGCCCGGCUCCGACCGCGGCGUCUGGUGCGAGCACUGCAACGCCCGCCUGGCGGAGCUGAAGAGGCAGGCGCUGAAGCUGCUCAUCCCCGGACCCGUCAGCAGCAAGGACCCAGGCUUCUCUUCAGUGAUUCAUGACAAACUCCAAGUUCCCAAUACUAUUCGGAAGGCAUGGAAUGAGAAGGACAACAGAUGCGAUGUUUGUGCCACACACUUGAACCAGCUGAAGCAAGAGGCCAUUCAGAUGGUGCUGACCUUAGAGCAGGCUGCCAACUCAGAACAUUAUGAUGCCUCUCCAGGAUCCCCUCCACCCCUCUCUAAUAUCCCCACGCUAGUGGGUUCCCGGCACGUGGGCAGCUUGCAGCCCAGGGACUGGGCAUACAUGCCUGCUCCUUAUGCUACAUCUAAUUAUACAGGCUUUGUUGCCAACAAACACAGUGGAAAACCUAACAGUCUAGGAAUUGUUAAUGGGGUGGAGAAGAAAAAUGGCUCUCCUGGACACCAAGCCAAGGUCAGCUUUCAAAUGGCCACCAGCCCCAGCAACGGUAAUGUUCUCAAUUCCGUGGCUAUCCAAGCUCAUCAGUACCUCGAUGGCACUUGGUCUUUGUCGAGAACAAAUGGAGUUACUCUAUAUCCCUACCAAAUAUCUCAGCUUAUGACGGAGACUAGUCGAGAGGGCCUGACUGAAGCAGCAUUGAACCGCUACAAUGCAGAUAAACCCUCCUUGUACAGCUUCCCUGCUUCCCAGAGCACAUACGUUGCUGCUGAUGUAUCCACAGGCACCUCGGUGGCAGCAUCUUUUUUUGCCAGAGCCGCUCAGAAAUUGAACCUGUCCUCCAAAAAGAAGAAGCACAGGCCUUCUGCAUCGUCUGUUCCUGAAUCUCCCCUCUUCACUACCAGCUUCAGCAGUAUCCUUCAGGCUUCCCCACCCCCUGCACCGCCUUGUUUGUUGAGGGCAGUCAGCAAGGUGAAAGACACCCCUGGUGUGGGCAAGGUCAAAGUCAUGGUGCGCAUUUCUUCUACGCAUGCCAGAGACACGUCUGAGUCCAGCUCUUUCCUAAAAGUUGACCCCCGUAAGAAGCAAAUCACGCUCUAUGACCCAGUCACCUGUGGAGGUCAGAAUGCUUUCCAGAAAAGGGGCAACCAGGUUCCACCCAAGAUGUUUGCUUUUGAUGCAGUUUUCCCCCAGGAUGCAUCACAGGCUGAAGUAUGUGCUGGGACUGUGGCUGAGGUGAUCCAGUCAGUGGUCAAUGGUGCAGAUGGCUGCGUGUUCUGUUUUGGCCAUGCCAAACUUGGGAAGUCAUACACCAUGAUCGGCAAGGAUGAUUCCAUGCAAAACCUCGGCAUAAUCCCUUGUGCCAUCUCCUGGCUCUUCAAGUUGAUUAAUGAACGCAAAGAGAAGACAGGAGCGCGCUUCUCUGUCCGAAUUUCCGCAGUGGAAGUGUGGGGGAAAGAAGAAAAUCUUAGAGACCUGUUAUCAGAAGUGGCUACAGGAAGCCUGCAGGAUGGCCAGUCCCCAGGUGUCUACCUUUGUGAGGACCCCAUUUGUGGCAUGCAGCUCCAGAACCAGAGCGAGCUCCGUGCCCCUACAGCAGAGAAGGCUGCCUUCUUCCUGGAUGCUGCUAUCGCCUCACGGCGUGGCAGCCAGCGGGACUGCGACGAGGAGGAUCACCGCAACUCCCACAUGCUCUUCACCCUGCACAUCUACCAGUACCGCAUGGAGAAGAGUGGCAAAGGCGGAAUGUCUGGAGGUCGCAGCCGCUUGCACCUUAUUGACCUGGGGAGCUGUGUGAAAGUGCUCAGCAAAAACCGGGAGGGAAGCUCUGGCCUCUGUCUCUCGUUGUCAGCACUGGGCAAUGUCAUCCUUGCCCUCGUCAAUGGAAGCAAACACAUCCCGUACAAAGACAGCAAGCUCACCAUGUUGCUUCGAGAGUCCCUGGGGAAUAUGAACUGCCGCACCACAAUGAUAGCUCACAUUUCAGCCACUGCGGGGAACUACGCUGAGACGCUGUCCACCAUCCAGAUUGCAUCCAGAGUCCUCAGGAUGAAGAAAAAGAAAACUAAGUACACAUCGAGUUCUUCUGGAGGAGAGAGCUCCUGUGAGGAGGGGAGGAUGCGGCGGCCAACCCAGCUGAGACCUUUCCAUUCUAGAAACACCGUUGACCCAGACUUCCCUAUUUUGCAUUUAUCAAGUGAUCCUGAUUAUUCAUCCAGCAGUGAGCAGUCCUGUGACACAGUGAUUUAUGUUGGCCCCAAUGGCACUGCCCUUUCUGAUAAGGAACUGACAGAUAAUGAAGGUCCCCCUGACUUUGUUCCUAUAGUUCCUGCACUGCAGAAGACCAAAAAUGAGGGCAGGCUGGAGGAAGGUAGUGAAUCAGGGCCCAGCACAUCUGAAAGAGAUUGCCUGAAGUGCAACACCUUUGCAGAGCUCCAGGAGAGGCUGGAUUGCAUAGAUGGCAGUGAAGAGACCAACAAAUUUCCCUUUGAAGAGAUGCCUGCUCAAUUUAGCUCAGACCAGAUGUCUAAGUGCUCUGUCUCAAGCCAAGUGGCAGAGCUUAGUCACUUACCAGAGUCAGAUAAGGAAGAUACAAUGCCAGAAUGUCAGCAUCCUGAUAGAGAAGCCAAGGAAAAUAUAAAUGCAACCCCCAGCAAAACUAAGAGAAAUCACUCCCCCAUUCCUUCUGGAGCUCUUGCUAAUAUUUCAACUCCUCCUUCUCCCAGGAGUGUAACAGGCAGCUCUAGUAAAGAGCUUAGCUCUUGCCAGUUAGUACACAGUACCAGCUUGCAGAGCAGCAGAGAAGGUCUCAACACCUGUGGCUUUGUGGAAGGGAAACCAAGACCAAUGGGUUCACCCCGGCUUGGCAUUGCGAGCCUCUCCAAGACAUCUGAGUACAAGCCACCAACUUCUCCUUCCCAGAGGUGCAAGGUCUACACACAGAAAGGAGUUCUUCCCAGCACCACACCCCCACCAGCUCCUCUGAGUAAGGACACUGAGAUGGCAUCUACUGAAUCUUUGUUACAGCCAGAAAUACGGACCCCACCUGCAGGAAUGAGCCCUCAGAUCAUGAAGAAGUCAGUGUCUUCCAGCAAUGGGGAUUUUGAAGAGACCAUUCUCAAUGAAGAUCAGCGACAAAACCAUUCUCCUGAAUCCAAGAAGGAGAUUCUAAGCACUACUAUGGUGACUGUGCAGCAGCCGUUGGAACUGAAUGGGGAGGACGAGCUGGUGUUCACCCUCGUAGAAGAGCUAACCAUUAGUGGGGUUCUUGACAAUGGGCGCCCAACCAGUAUUAUUAGUUUUAACAGUGACUGCUCUGUGCAGGCUUUGGCCUCUGGGUCUAGGCCAGUCAGUAUUAUCAGCAGCAUAUCUGAAGAUCUUGAAUGUUACUCAAGUGCAGCUCCUGUGUCUGAGGUCAGCAUCACACAGUUCCUUCCACUUCCAAAGCUGGGCCUGGAUGACAAGUCCCAGGAUGAUGGCAGCAGACGCUCAUCUAUCAGCUCAUGGUUGAGUGAAAUGAGCACAGGGAGUGACGGUGAACAGUCAUGCCACAGUUUCAUUGCCCAGGCAUGUUAUGGGCAUGGAGAAGCAAUGGCAGAACCUCCUGUCUCUGAGUUUGCAAACACUAUACAAAGCACCAGCAUGAUUUGUGUAGGUGACAAACAGAAGCCAGUGACCGACAACAUGCUUAUAAUGUCAGAAAUGGGGGAGCAAGCUUUCAGCAAAGUGCCACCCAUCAAAGGCUGUAAAAUAUCAGCUCUAGGGAAAACUACUGUCACAAUUAAAAACACUGCAAGCCUCAGCAGCUCUGAGGGCUACUUCCCAAUGAAGACAAACAUUACAGUUUAUCCAUGUAUUGCUGUUAAUUCCUUCAAAGCACAAGACACUGAUGAUGCUGUAUCAGCAGUAAAUGCAGACCCAAAGGUUGCUCACCCCCAUGAGGGGAAAGAACCCAACGCUAAAAAAGAUAUCAAAUUUGAAGAUCCUUGGCUGAAGAGAGAAGAUGAUGUAAAAAAUGACAGCUCUGGGAGCAGUGAUGGGUCGAGGUCUGAUAUGACCACAGUUUCAGCCAAACCUGAGCAGAGCACAAAGCAGUCCUCAGCAGACAGGUUUAGCAGCAGCAGCAGCGGAGAUGCCUCUGUCUCCCCAGGAUGUGACAGUCUGAAGAGGAUUGUGGAUGGGUGUGAGAUGGCAGCAUCUGGCUCUGCAACCCAGAGUCCCGUUCAUUCCAGUGAUGGCUUGAAGGGCGGCAGCCUCCCUCGAGGGCUCCCAAAAGCAAGCAAGCCCGAGGAGCCUGACAGUCACCUCCAUUCUACUGCCUCUGACAGCAAUGGAGUUGUUUCUCCUGCCCACCCCCAAUUUUCUAAGGCCAGCCUAGACAAAAAAAUGGCCUCUCCCAAACACUGUGUCCUCACUCGCCCCAAAGGAACACCUCCUCUGCCUCCGGUGAGAAAGUCAAGUUUGGAUCAGAAGAACAGAGCCAGCCCCCAGCACAGUGCUGCCAGCAGCACCACCAGCAGUCCCUCUGGCCAGCCCGCGCCCUUCCUGGCCAGCUUCCCCGAGGAGCUGAAUGCCAAACCAAAGGGCUCUGGCAUUGACAACAGCAGCAACAACAGCAGCAGCAAGCUGUUCAGUGCCAAGCUGGAGCAGCUCGCCAGCAGGACCAACUCCCUUGGGAGGUCCACAGGAAGUCACUACGAGUGUCUGUCACUGGAAAGAGCAGAAAGCCUGUCCUCUGUGAACUCCAAAAUGAACCCUGGCAAAGACACCACAAUGCCUAGGACUGGAAGGAGCGUCAGCCGCAGUGUCAUGUCCUCACCAACUAACUCAGCUCUCUCCCAGUCUGCAGGAGCCUCGCCAAAAGCUGGACAGUCAAAGAUCUCUGCAGUCAGCAAGCUCCUGUUGGCAAGUCCCAAGGCCCGAAGCCUGUCUGCCUCUGCUACCAAAACACUCAGCUUUUCGACCAAGUCUCUGCCUCAGUCUGUUGGGCAGAGCUCCAGUUUGCCUCCAAGUGGGAAGAAUAUGUCCUGGUCAACGCAGUCCCUCAGCAGAAACCGAGGCUCUAGCCUUGCUUCUAAAUUGCCCCUUCGGGCUGUCAAUGGACGGAUUUCAGAGCUGCUCCAAGGCAGUGCCAGCUCCAGAGGCUUGCAGCUGCGAGGAAAUGUGGAAGCAGAUGAGCGUGGUGGCCUUCACGGAGAGGAGAAGCCGGCAGUUCACGUGCUGCCAUCCCCUUACAGCAAGAUCACCCCGCCCCGGAAACCUCAUCGCUGCAGCAGUGGUCAUGGGAGCGACAACAGCAGUGUCCUGAGUGGGGAGCUGCCCCCCGCCAUGGGGAAGACUGCCCUGUUCUACCACAGCGGAGGCAGCAGCGGCUAUGAGAGCAUGAUGAGGGACAGCGAGGCGACAGGGAGCGCCUCUUCUGCACAAGACUCUAUGAGCGAGAACAGCAGCUCGGCCAGCGGCAGGUGCCGGAGUCUCAAAACACCGAAGAAAAGAUCAACCACAGGCUCACAGAGACGGAGGCUUAUUCCAGCUUUAUCGCUUGACACCGCUUCCCCAGCGAGGAAGCCUGCAAACAGCCCUGGGGUCCGCUGGGUGGAUGGACCCCUGCGAAGUGCACAGAGGGGGCUGGGGGAGCCCUUUGAGAUCAAAGUCUAUGAGAUAGAUGAUGUGGAGAGACUUCAGCGGCGACGAGGAGGAGACAGCAAGGAAGUGAUAUGUUUCAAUGCCAAGCUGAAAAUCCUGGAGCAUCGCCAGCAGAGAAUUGCUGAGGUCAAGGCCAAGUAUGAGUGGUUAAUGAGAGAACUGGAGGUGACCAAACAGUACCUGAUGCUGGAUCCUAAUAAAUGGCUCAGCGAAUUUGAUCUGGAGCAGGUAUUCGAGCUGGAUUCUCUGGAAUACCUGGAGGCCCUGGAGUGUGUGACUGAACGUUUGGAAAACCGUGUCAACUUCUGCAAGGCUCAUCUCAUGAUGAUCACGUGUUUUGACAUCACCUCUAGACGCAGAUAAAGAGCGAACCUCAAGAGAAUUUCAAUGCACAUCUCUGCCAUCCUCCUUUUCCCUUCUGAAUAGCAUCCCAAAGACAACAGAAUGAGGAUGAAGGUUGGAGUCAAGUCUCAACUGUGUGUAUGAGAGAUUUGCUUUACUAUACAGAAGAGUAGUAUUAAAAAAUAACAGGACACACAUGAAAAAAUGGAGAUAGAAGGAUGUUGAUUCUCUUAGCCUAAAAGAGCACUUUGAGGAACCUUUAAGGACAUGUCUGUAAAUAAGAACUGCUGGCAGAAGAGACUUCUUUCCUUGCAUUAGCUGAGGGAGGAGGGAAGGUGGUUGUAGGACUUCCACUUGAGAGGUUCAUUAGAAGAAAUCCUAUCCAGAAAGACUGUUCAAGUGCCUUGCAAAUCUUUAUUAUCCAAACAUUUAUGUUCAUACUUUCUUGUGUACAGAUGGUGCUAGUCAAAAGAUGAAAAAGGAAAAAAACAAAACACACUUUUGAAAUGUACUUACAGCUUGUUUUUCUCUUGGUGUUUUCUCCUGUUUCAGACUUGCUGUUUCUAAGUAACUUGUGUUUGUAGAGAUAUUUCCUAAUCAGUACAACAUAUGAAUAAAUGUUAACUGUCUUUUAUUGUUAACGGAGUAAGGCCACUCAAAGAGAAACUUAGCUUCCCAGAUGACACACAAAUAUUUCUAGCAGUGAGCAAGGUUUGCUUAUAUGUUCUUCUGUACAAUCUUAAGUGGUAGAGGGCACAGUAAUUUUCCUAACCUGCAGGUUCUGCAGUGUGUGAGGGAGGAGAGGUGACAUUACGGUGAAGUAAGUACCUUUUGUAUUUGAUUUAACACCCAUAACAUGCUUUCUUUUUCAUGUACUUUUACCUUUUUACUGGCUAGAGCUAUGGAUGAGAAGGUACUUUUAUCCUAACCCCUUUUUCUGGGGCUAAUAACUCAAUGGAAAAUUACUCUUGAGGGUGAGUCUCUCAUGCUUAUCAGUCCAAAAAUGAAUGAUUUCUUUUGUCCUUCUUUCUUGAUUCCAUGACUGAUAAAAUUUAACUCUGCCUUCCUUAUGUCCCUGGCCCAGACAUACCUGAAAGGUGCAGAGAUGUGCAGGCUCUGUUCACCUCAGCUAGUCCAGAGAUAAGCAGGAGCCAUGAGUAAGCAGAUCUAGUGAUUCAGGCAUGUUGAUGGUGAUGUUUUCCUAAUCACAUUCCCUUAUUUGAACUAUGACAGAAGUCAUCUUGACAUCAAUGGGUGACAUCAUCUAGUGGGAGGCAGCCCUGCUUAUGGCAGGGGGGAUUGGAACUGCAUGAUCUUUAAGGUCCCUUCCAAUCCAACCCAUUCUAUGAUUAUGUGAUUAAAAGGAUGAAGGUCUGGGCCUCAGUGCACAACCAGAUAUUCUACUUGUUUGCAUCGUUAUCUAUAAAACAGUAUGUGGGGAGGAACAUCCUUUGUGUUACUUAAAGAAGUGUGUGAAAUUUGCAUGUUAAUUACGCAUGAGCAUAAGUAAUUUUUUUCUUCUACAGGUUUCUUUUUCUUUUAUAUUGAAAUAAUUCCUUUCACAAAACAAUCCUCUCACAUAUCCUUGUGUGACCUUCCUGUUGGUUAUCAGAAAGUAACAUCAACAUUUGACAUAUACUCAGUAUGCCUCAAUUCAUCAAUUUAUUGUUCCUACAUGUAGCUCUUUCAUUACCUGCAUCAUCAUAUUAAUGCCAUUUUACAGUAUGCCAAGCACCCACUACUGGUGGAAAAAAAUCCACAAAAAUACUGAUAGAUUUUUCUAGUAGUUACCUUAAAAAAAAAAAAAAAAGAUAGAAAUAACAUUCAUAUCUUUUCUUCAAAUUCUCUAUAAUGGAUAUUAACAGAUCUUAUUCAUUCUGUGAGCCUUAUCACUGCAUUUUGUAGAAAAUCCUUCCAACAUUCCAUAGGCUUAUUUGGGGGUUGAAAAAAGGUCAUAUAUGGAAGUUCUUUCCUGUUAUAUUCUACACUAUUUUCUUAUGACUCUCAUAUUCACUGAAGACAUUCGUCUGAUUUCUUUCCCUUUCUCAAACAAACAAGCAAACAAAACCACAAAAACUGGUUUGUUGGUUUCUUUUUUGUCUGAUUUGUUCUCUUUGUAAUGAUUUUAGUGGUGCUUGUUAUGUGUUGGUUCUGUUGGGGCAUCUCUUCUCCAUAGAUUCUCCCCAUGAUUUCAGUACAGUUCUACAGAGCCAUGGCAAUUGCCUCUGCAGUUCUGUGCUGAAUGAAGACCUAGUACCUUUCGUAAAUGAAGCAUAUCUUCUUUUGUGGAUUCAGUCUUGCACAGUCCCAGAUUCAUGCUGUCAGGUCACAUACACAGGAAAGAGGCUUUCCCAGCAGCUCCCAUCUCUCACUCACCUGUGUCCACAGGUAGCCCUGUAGGCUUCCCAGGUUGUCACUUGUGUCAUUUCAUUGCGACCAUAUUUUUGGGAAUUGUGGUGGCUUAAUGCAUACAAGGGAAUGUAAACUUGAGAUGUGACAUCUGUGAACAUUUAUUGUACUUAAAAUAUCUGCAAAACAGAUAAUUGAAAACAUCAUGACUUUACUAAAACUGCUUUUAGUCUAUAGUAGCCAGGAUUUUACAGAAGACACUCUUGCAAGUCACCCAGGAAGUUCCGUUCUUUUAGCAAUUGCUAGUAUAAUGCUGCUUUUUUUCCUGAUUUCUUUAAAACUCAUUAAGUUACCCAAAAUAUACGAGAGCAAUGUGAAUGGAGUCCUUAAUUGUUUGCAUAUUCAGAAAUCAAUCUUAUUUCCCUGGAACAGCUUUAGUGGGAAACAGCAAUGUUAAUGCAAUUAGAAGUGAAGGUUGAAUCUUUGUUCUCUCGUGUAACAGAGGACCACAUAUCCUUAUUAUCAUGUUCAGUAAUAACUGCAGAGCAGCAGCCAUUAGUCUGCAUUACCAUAGCUACGUUCAGACCUACUGCUUGAGUAGUCUGGGCCUGUGAAAACUUUUCAUCUUAAUGUGCUUGAAUGUUAUAUCUACAAUGGGCAGAACUUGUUCUACAACCACAGAUUCAAUUGAGACCCUAGAUUUGGGAAUUUGGCUGCAAUCUGAAUUCACCCAUUCCACUGGUCCCCACACUAGUGCUGGGAGUGGUGCAGAAAGCCUGGGUCAUUCACCAGCAGUUCGGGAGCUCUGCUUCCCUUCAGCCUGUGGAAGAGCCCUAAUUCCUGGUGCAUUUGUCAUAGUUACCGGUGGCUUUUCUGCCACCAUCCAUGCCUUGUAUUUGCUUCAGAAUGGCUUCUUGUCAAUUCAUUCAGACCUAAGCAAUCAGAAGUAUUAUUUCACAGAAAGACAGGCAACAAGCUGAUACCCAAGCUGUCCUUUCUUAGCUCUUUACUAAAGCUGUAUGCUCACAGGAUUGACUUAGUCCUUUUAAAAAAUAAUUUCUUUUUCAUUUAUCUCAAUAGUGGGGUUUAUCUUAAAAUAGCAUUAUUAUCCAUAGCACAGGAUUCCGAUUUUAUGACAGCUGAAGGAAAUGAACUUUCUGACAAACACUACCUUUUACAAACGUUCUUGAUUUUGUAUCUUUUUUUUUUUUUUUUUUUUUGGUGAGCUAAAAGUAAUGAUAAAACCAAAGGGCAGUAUAUACAUACAAAGAAAUGCAUAUGAGCCUAGCCUGAGGGAGACACCCCACACACAUUACUGCAAGGAGAUUGCAUAGCUGUUCACAAAUGGCAACAACACUGCUCCUCGGCUCCUCCAAGGUUUACAUUUAAAACCUUUCUCCUAUCACUCACCAAGAAGUUGACUUAUUCCACACUACAGGGAAAACUUAUGCUUAAAACACGUUUGAAGGCUUCCUUCAAAGGGCCUUUAUUCCUGCUGUUCUUCAACCUAUAAAGCUAGGUUACUGCAGUUCCCACACAGAGGCUGUCAUUGAAAUGUUAAGGCCUGUCAAAGUAAUCCAAAAGAACCACUCUGUAUUUCAGGGCGCCACAAGUUGAAGGGAAGAUAUCUCACAAUCACCACUGUUAAAUACAACAAUUUGUGCUUUUCUGUGGUGCAUAUACCCUGGUCACAUCAAUUGAAAGCCAGGACUCGUAGCCCCAUAUGAGAUAAAGCUUUCUGUCAAGUCCUCAUUGUUCUAAAAAUUGUAAUGUGUAACUUUCUGUGUUGCAGAGGACUGCCUAUAGCAAAUAUUCUCAUAAACCAGAGGUGGAGCGACCCCCUGCUGCCCAUUCCUAUGGGAGAACGAUCACACAGUAUCAGGGAUGCAUCAAAUCACUUCAGAGAUCAAAGAAUUUAUACCACUGCAUAAUGACAGGAGUAAGAGAUGGUACUAUUUCUCAAAACCAUGGAUAGGUGACAUACUUUGCCUAAUCCUGAUGUCCUUCUAGCCCUUAUUUUGUUACUCCAUAGGCUUUUGUGUUGGCAACACCCAGCACUUUUUGGAGACACAAGGUUGGAUGUUGCUAGCUAUUACAAGAUUUGCAAUAGGUUUUCAAAUAACUAUGGCAAACAAAACUGUGAAUGAUUUGUCAAUGCCAAGGUAAUAAUCUCUAGCUCUUGCAUUUAUUGUGUGCUCAUCACAGGGUUAUCUAAACCUCCAUACCUGCUCUUGGAAAUUAUAAACCAUUUUAUUGUUGGCUUUAUCUUUUCUUCUUUCUCCUUCUCAAGCAACUUAAAAAAAGAAAAAAAAAAGAAAAAUAAUCAUUUUCCCUUGAAAAUGUAGCACUCUUAUCUUGACCCUAUUGAAGUCAACAUGGAUUUUGCCAACAGCCUCACUAACAGCAGAUUCGGUCUCACUUAUGCGACAUUCUGAAGCUCAUAAAGGCAGUGAUUAUUCUACAAAGAACAGAGGUGCUGAAAGUGAAAUAGUAACAUCCAUGAUAUUUCAAACCACCUUCAAAACUCUCUCAGACAGGAAAAAAAGUCCCCAACCCAUCUUACUUUGAGUGGUCCUACUUAAGUAUUGAGCAAACUUUAUAAUAAUGGUAAUAAAAUGGUGCUUGAGGCAGUUUCAGCUAUAUUACAUAUCUCUAUAUACUAUUGAUAUGGAUGUAUUCACCCUCUCUAUUGUAUAUGUAUGUGUGAAUAUUUACAUAUAGCACACAUACAUAUAUAUAUUUUAUGUAUGCAUAGAUGCUAACUUUUCUAAGUAAGUUUUACUUUCUUCCCUUCCAUAGCUGAAACUGCUGGUUACUAACAUCCACAUCAUAUUCUAUGUAUGAAGGAUAUAAUUUAUUUGUAAACUCAGGAUGUUCUUGUUUUAUAGAGUUGCUUGUAUUUUAUAAUUUAUUUACACAUCAUGGUUGGAAAUGCUGAUCUAAGUGCUAUGCAUUGAAGUGUAUGUUUGCUAAAUUCAUUUCACUCUGUCUGUGGCUACGUUCUUUCUCAUUCUAACAAUGGUAUAAAAUGGAGCUAAGGAGGAGACAAAAUGAUGGAUACAGAACAUAUGCUGGCCCUACCAACGGGUGAUUCCAGAAGAGGACAUAUCAGUAGUAGAUAUAUAUAUAUUUUAUCAACUAAAUUUUAUGGGAAAAAAGAAAGAGAAAGAACAGCAUGAGGACAAGUUCAAAAUAUUGAACGUCACAGCCAUUUCCAAGUUGGUCAACAAAUGCAUUGAGCCUUUUGCCAUUAAAAUUGUAAAGUUUAUUGUUUGCUGGCUAAAAAAAAAUAUCCCUUUUGUGGUAUCUGAGGUGUGAAACAUUGUCAAAAAUAUGAUGUCUGGAAAAAAAAAAAAUCAAACUAUAGUGGCAUUAAAUGUUUACUUUUAUCUUACCGAUA